AUGUCAGAAUACUGGAAGUCAACACCGCGGUACUGGUGCAAGUACUGCGCCGUCUACGUGCGCGACACCAAGAUUGAGCGCGCAAACCACGAAUCGACAGGCAAGCACCAGGGCGCCGUCAAGCGCUCCCUGCGCGACCUGCACCGCAGCCACGACCGAGACGAACGCGACAAGGAGCGCGCCAAGCGAGAGAUUGACCGUCUCAAUGGCGUGGUCCCCAGCGGAAGCUCACACACUUCAGGCGGCGCCGGCUCGUCGUCCUCACAUCAACCCGCGUCUGGGUCGUCAAGACCUGCGCCACCGCCCGUAACGUCCGAGGCGUCGCUCAAGAGGCAGCGCGAGCAGCUCGCCGAGCUGGGCGUGGCGGUGCCGAGCAGCUUCCGCCCCGAGAUGGCGAUGCCGGGCGAGUGGACGGUGACCAACACGCGCGUGAUUGAAACGAGGCCGAGCGGCGACGAGGCCAAAGUCGAAGCCCGAGCGUCCGGCGUGCGUAAGCGCGAGGAGAAUGAGGAGGAAAAGGAACAGGAGGAGGCGAUGCGCGGCCUCUUCAAGAAGCCGAAGCGCUGGGGCCGUCUCGACUCCAGGGCGAUGCCGGAGGACCAGGAGGCGGAGCUGGACGCGCUGCUCAGCGGGUCGCUGGUCAAGAAGCAGUCCGCCGACGAUGGCGUCGCCAAAGGGGAAGGUGUCAAGGAGGAGGGCAAGGCUGACGAUGGUGCGGAUGUGAAGCUGGAGCCUGCUGUCAAGGAGGAGGAACCUGACACGGCUGCGGGCGGCAUCACAGAGACGGCGGCCAAGUCGGAAGAUGCAGACCCGACAGUGGGUGCUGUAGUGUUCAAAAAGCGGAAGCCAAAGGGGCUACGGACAAAAUAG